CAUUGUUUGUGUUAUUUUCAUGUAUAAUUUAGUUUUCUGAUGUUACCAGAGGGAGGCUCUUGAAGAAAAUAGGCUUCUCAUGUCAUCCUUGAGAACACCGCAGUGUCACCUGUUCUCUUGAGAAGGGAGUUUCACAAUAGCAAGUGCACUGGUAAACCCCUGUUGCCUCCUGUUGCUCCAAACCCACAGAAAUGUACCGGCUGCAGUCAUGGGAUUGCUUCAGAUGGGGAUGUUCUCAAGGUGAACAGAAGCCUUCUCUUCAGUAAGACAUAAAGAAUAGGACUUUCAGUGAAACAGCUUGUUAGUGUUGCAAUCCUGGACAGAAAUAGUAUCAAAAAAAAUAAGGUCUCUCUUCCAGAUUUGUAGAUGAGCAAUGUAUUCCAGUCCAAAUGAUGCCUUUUGGGGGGGUUUGUGUUGUACUGCUGUGUUGCAGAGCAAGGACUUGCUGGAAGGGGAUAUGAGAUCUUUGCCUUGUCAAUAGGUAGACUGAAUUGUUGAGCUGACUUAGGCAGAUAAAGAACUUCUACAUUUCAGAGCUAUUUAGAGGGCAGAUUCAAGAAUACAGGAAAUCUAACAGCAGAGCUUUUAGUAGCAAAUUGAAAACUAAUGUGGAUUAAAAUGAAUAGCCUUCCCUCCCCCCCAAAACUGGUUGUUUUUCAGCCAGCUCAAUUGGUUCCCUGUAUGGAAUCACAAACAGGCUCACACAAGCAAGGAAUUAUGUUGGAAGACAAACACCCAGUUGCACCCAGUAAAGCUAUUUUUACAGUGGUGAGCCCAGCUCAGAAUUUUUGUCUAACAACAGCCUUUGUACAAACAAUCUUUAGAACAGGCCUCAUUUUCUGUGUUCUUCAGCAAGUAACACCAUACUUGAGAAACUUCAGAGCAUGCCUUGGUGAGUUGGACAGAACAUGACUGUGCUGUGUGUCUGAAUUUGUACAGAAUUUGUGAAUCACAAUGUGUAUUGCUGUGGGAUCCAGUGCAGAGAUCUGGUAUUCCCAACUGCAGAAUAAGCAUCUCCAUUACACUUGAAACCUAAGCUUUUGGAUCUGUCACCACAGAAAGGUGUGUAAAAGGUAGUUUUGUUCCUCAAAUCCAGCUGGAGCAAUCAGAUGUAGGUAUUAGAUGUCUUUUUGUCCAACAACUUAAUAAAUAAGACACAGCUUUGUAAGGACUGAACAUUUAAAUACUUGUAAUAUUUUCAAAUAACAUAUUAGUGUUUCUUUGCUGCAUGGUUACUAAUUGAAUGAGCUGAGUAAGUGGUUUGAAGCCCUUUACAUGUGCUUUAAUAUUUUCUAAAGAAUUAAAACCAACCAUAACAACAAAAAUAAAAACCCACACAAAUUAUCUUAUUCCAGGUUGAUGGCAGAAAAAAACAUGCACAGCAUCUUUGUUCAUUUAUAAGAAAUUUGUUUUUAAAAGCAAACUAUUCUAUUUAGGAAAAAAGAUGUGAAUUGUGUCUGUGUAUGCAUGCACAUAGAUACACAUAUACUUUCUGACAUACUUGCUUACACACAGAUAUAAAAAGAAUUACACUUUAUUUAGACAACCACAACAGAGUUAAAUAUGGUAGUGAAAUUACUGUAGCUUUUUUCCUUCUAGCAAGAAAGUAAACCAGCUCUAAUUUAUCUAAUUUCUCACUUCAAUGAUAACACUGACGGAUGCCAGACAGAACUGCCUCUGUUCAGAAAAGCUGGAACAAGUACGAUUUCAAGAAAGGAUAGAAAACCGUAUAAAAGAGUUAAGCAUUUCACUGAAAAAUGUUACUUAAAACUUUCUUUGGACUCUUAUUCAACAUUACAUAUGACUGGAUGUAUAAAAUACUUAGGAGUAAUUAAUUACCCAUUGACAAAUUUCUUAAGCAAGAUAGUGAAAUAAUUUUUUUUCCAGGUAAGAUGUGUUUAAGUUUUCAGUUAAUGCUAUGUGAUCUUUAUGAAGACAUACAAAGUAAUACCUAUAGGCAUUUUUAUGUCACUGUUAAUCUGUUAGUAGAGCACUGGAGAAAGACUAAAAGCUAAUAGGAAGCCUUCCAUCAAGGCAGCUCUGUCCUAUCCUUUCUCCAUCAUCACUGAUCUAAAUGUCUGCAUUACAAGACCUGGCAAGGCCCCACAAGCCUGCAAUUAUUUAAAUUACCUGAAGCUAGAUUAUACUUGGCUCAGUAUUUUUCUUGUUUCAGCUACCUGAAACUGGAGCUAUGCUGCUGACGUAAACAACUCUCCUAGAGAUUAUGCAAGAAUUUUGCUGAAUUGUCACCCUGAAGUUCUGGAAAUCUUCAAAAUAAGUGAAAACUGUUUCAGAAGUUAAAUUUUAGAGGUGGGGUUUUUUGCAACUUUUUACAGGAUUAUGUAAACAUAAUAUAAAAUGUAAAUAGUUGAAUGGCUCUGUUAUAAUCACUAAAUAUCAGGCCCAUUUUUAUGAUGGAUGCCACAAAGGUGUUUUGCAUGAACUGCUGGACUCCACUGGCAGAUCUUGUACAAGAUCAGCACUGGGGAAUGAUUCUAAGAAUGUAUCCAGCUCUGCUGCCAUUGGCCACAUGCAAUGUGUAUAAAAUAGUCACUCAAUUUCCAAGAAGAGACUGCAGUGCCACCUUGUCCCUUGGCAAUGCAGAACUCCUACUAAUCCUGAUUUUCAAGCUCUCUAAACCCCACACAAGCUGUGCUUUUCGUGGGAGUUACCUUCUUUGCACACAUGACUAGGGAGUUGAAAGCAGGCUGAGACCAUCCCAAAGACAUCUUUCUAUGCCUGAGUAAAAAGUUACGAACAGCCAGAGAACAGGGUCUUCCAUCUGCCCUUUUCCAAUAGGAUACUACCUACCCUCUCCAAAUAUUUAAAGAGUAGUAUGAUUUCCCUCCAAAGAAGGUGCAUCAAGCAGUGGUACCUGUUCUUCCAUACUACUUCCUGAUGUACCUGGUUCUCAAAAUCUCUUUCCAGACUAUAGGAAUUUGCUGCUUCCUUGUGAAAGGCCCAACAUUCUGAGCAGGGAACAGAAUACUUUUAAAUUCAGAAUUCACUCAUCCUUUCAGGUCCAGAACUGGGGAGAAGCAUUACCUUUCUCUAAUCCCAGAACUCUUGCCUUCCAGAGAUACAGUCUCACAGAUCUGAUCUCAGGACCUCCACUGAAAACAAAACUAUUGCACAAAAGAGCAGUAAGCCACAGUAACACCAUUGUGAAAUCAAGAUUAAAUUUAGAAGCAUAUGUGUGUUUACCUAGUGUCCUGUAGAUGAAACAAAGUUUAAAAUGGACUUUUCUAGUCUAAGUAUACAUUCAGCAAGGUCAGGCAUACAGCGUUGUUUGGACAAUUAAAGUCAUCUUGGUUUUCUGCACUCCCUCUGAUUUAUCGUCUCUAUUACGUGCAUUGGGAAAUGGUUUCAUUUCUAUAAUUACAUUUCCUAUUAAUCAGUGCCUCCAAAGGCAACUAAGCAACAAGGGACAGCUUUCUAAGUAACCGGAAGGAUUCACUGUUUAACUGGCAUAUUGAGCUUCCUGGGAUGCGGUGCUUGCCCAUCCCUGGCCAGGCAGCCCUCCGGACGUUUCCCUGCAUUCCCUUUCAGAAAGGAAAGAGAGAAUAACAGCGUGAUUCCCCUCUGCCCUUCAGCUGAUCCUCGGCAAAACAGUUUGCGAGCAGACUUGAGCUCACUGUGUUUUUUAACCAUCAGCGUGACAGAGAACCCAGUUUAGUGUCAGUUAAAUCCCGGACAACCUUUCCUGGAACACUAACAUAUGUCACACAUGCAUAAUUUUAAAAAAUCAUUAUAGUAAUAAUCAGGUGUCUGCUACAUCCUUUGUCAAAAAUGUGCACCGUCUCCAUUUUGCCGCGGCCUGCACGUGUGGGUUUUGCCCAAGUGCUGUACUAGCAUUCUAACAGUUCCGUAUCUCAUCUCACAGCUGUGUUCCAGCACAGAGAAAGCUUGCUUACUGUUCAUCAGGGUCAUUCUUAGAUGCUAUAAUCUUCUGGCAAUUACAAAAACACAUUAAAUGUAACCACAUGUCAAAUUAUAUAUCACUACAUCUUCAUAAAAUAUAUGCAUAACGUAUAUACAUGAUUUCUACCAAAAAAUGCAUUCUUUUUGCAACAGUCUCAAGAAAGCCGAAGACAGCAUAAACACGCUAAAGAAACCGACAACCAAGGCUGGCCCGAAACGCGGCAGCACGUCAGGCAGUAAUUAAAGGUGUUGCCAAGGAGCCGCUGCGGAGCACGGGGAGCGCGGCCCCGGCAGAGCGGGAGGCGGGCGGGCAGGCCGCGCCGGGGCUGCGGUGUGAUUCGGGUACCUGAGGGACGUUGGCACGGGAAGGUACCAGCGCACGCUACCGGCUCGGUGACGGUUUUCACGCCAGAGCGCCGGGCGGCAGGAGGGGCCGGACGGAGAGCCUGGGGCACACCCCUUUGUGUGGGGACACCGAGUUACCCGCCAGCUGUUCCCGCAGUUAGAAACCCGCUCCCUGCCCACCGACGGGGACCCACCGAGGCAGAGCCGACCCCGCCCGCGGGGGAGGCGCCGGGCGCUGCGAAAGCGGCGGGCGGGGGCCCGAUGUGCCGCUCCCCCAGGACAAGCUCGGAGCCGCCGCGGAGUUUCGCGGGAGGACGCCGGUGAGGCCGCAAUUGCCGGGGCUGGCAGCUGCAGCGGUGGCCGCGCCCGCCCGGGCCUCGGUUACCUCGGCCUCAGGGCAGAGAGUGGGGGGCGCGGCCGGGCCCCGGCGGGCGGGGGCUCGCCCGCCGCUAACAAAGAGGGCUCCGCCCCAGCGCAGCGGCGGCCGCUGCCAUCUGUCCCUCCCGCCCCCGCGGCGCGGGCGACGCCCAGGCGGGCCGGCCCCGACCCGCCCCCUUUGGCUUUCCAGUCAGGCCGCGGCGCGGGGAGAGGAGGGUCUUGUUCGCUGUGCCGCGCCGCCGGGCAGGCUGCGGGCAGGGCGGGUGGCAGCCGCAGCGCCGAGCCGGCGAGACCCCGGCACCGGGCCCGGGCCUGCCCUGCAGCGAGGCCUGCCGCCAUCUUCCCUCACGCCCCGCUGGUGAACGGGCCGCCGGGCCCUUCAGGCUGCCAUCAUGACAGCUGAAGAAACAGUGAAUGUUAAAGAAGCUGAAAUAAUUAAACUCAUACUAGAUUUUCUAAACUCAAGGAAACUUCAUAUCAGUAUGCUGGCACUUGAGAAAGAAAGUGGGGUCAUUAAUGGCCUGUUCUCAGAUGACAUGCUUUUCCUAAGGCAAUUGAUUCUUGAUGGUCAGUGGGAUGAGGUUCUUCAAUUUAUUCAGCCUCUUGAAUGUAUGGAAAAAUUCGACAAGAAAAGAUUUCGUUACAUUAUAAUGAAGCAGAAGUUCUUGGAAGCCUUAUGUGUAAACAAUGCGAUGUCAGCGGAAGAUGAGCCUCAGCAUCUGGAGUUCACAAUGCGAGAGGCUGUGCAGUGUCUCCACGCGCUAGAGGAGUAUUGUCCGUCUAAGGAAGACUACAGCAAGCUGUGCCUGCUGCUCACGCUGCCUCGCCUCACCAACCACGCCGAGUUCAAGGACUGGAACCCCAGCACUGCACGUGUUCACUGCUUUGAAGAAGCCUGCGUCAUGGUGGCAGAGUUUAUUCCUGCCGACAGGAAACUGAGUGAAGCUGGCUUCAAAGCCAGUAACAAUCGGUUAUUUCAGCUGGUAAUGAAGGGAUUGCUUUAUGAGUGUUGUGUGGAAUUCUGCCAGAGUAAAGCAACAGGAGAAGAAAUCACAGAAAGCGAAGUGUUGCUGGGCAUUGAUCUCUUGUGUGGGAAUGGGUGUGAUGACUUGGACCUGAGCUUAUUAUCAUGGCUGCAGAAUCUGCCAGCUACUGUUUUUUCUUGUGCUUUUGAACAAAAGAUGCUUAAUAUUCACGUUGAUAAACUCCUCAAGCCUACAAAAGCUGCGUAUGCUGAUCUUUUGACGCCUCUUAUCAGCAAACUUUCUCCUUAUCCAUCUUCCCCAAUGAGACGGCCUCAGUCAGCAGAUGCUUACAUGACCCGCUCCUUAAACCCUGCCUUAGAUGGGUUGUCGUGUGGAUUAACGAAUCAUGAUAAGCGAGUCACAGACCUUGGGACCAAAACUUCUCCGAUGUCACACUCCUUUGCAAAUUUCCAUUACCCAGGAGUACAGAAUCUCAGCCGAAGUCUCAUGCUUGAGAAUACUGAGUGUCACAGCAUUUUUGAAGAGUCCCCUGAGCGAAGUGAUACUCCUGUGGAGCCACAGCAUCCCAUCAGCAGUGAGACUUUGUGCCAGAGUUCAGUUCCAGAAAAUGAACCAGUUAAUGGAGCACAGAGUCAGGGAUCAGCCAAACAAGAGAAAAAUGAGCUUCGUGAUUCGACAGAGCAGUUUCAGGAAUACUACAGGCAAAGACUACGUUACCAGCAGCACUUGGAACAGAAAGAGCAACAACGACAGUUGUACCAGCAAAUGUUGUUGGAAGGAGGUGUAAAUCAAGAAGAUGGAGCUGACCAGCAACAGAAUCUGACUGAACAGUUUCUUAACAGAUCUAUACAGAAGCUGGGAGAAUUAAAUAUGGGUAUGGACAGUCUUGGCAAUGAUGUACAAACACUCAGCCAGCAAUGCACCGGGAGCAAAGGGAAUGCAUCCACCAAUCCAGCAAGUAACUUCACAUCACCACCUUCAGAUGCUGGUCAGAGGAUAACAGCUGAUAGUCAACAUAUUAAUACAAGCACUCCGCAAAAGCGUGGGUCAGCUAGUCAGAUACCCUUUCCUGAAGAGUCACCUGUGCAGGGGAGCCAAAUCAGUGUAUCAGAACACGCUGUCACUCAGCCGCAAUUGGAAGACUCUUCAGGGAAUUUAUCUAGGACAAGAGGUGAUGAGGACGACAAAUCAAAAAAACAGUUCAUCUGCAUUAAUACCCUAGAAGACACACAAGCUGUUAGAGCUGUAGCCUUUCAUCCCAGUGGGAGUUUAUAUGCUGUUGGCUCCAACUCUAAAACUUUGAGAGUUUGUGCCUAUCCAGAAGUAAUUGACCCAAGUGCUUAUAAUACUCCUAAACAACCUGUAGUUCGCUUCAAAAGGAACAAACAUCAUAAAGGAUCAAUCUACUGUGUAGCCUGGAGUCCCUGUGGACAGCUGUUAGCUACUGGUUCUAAUGAUAAAUACGUGAAAGUACUGCCUUUUAAUGCAGAAACUUGUAAUGCAACAGGACCAGAUUUGGAGUUCAGCAUGCAUGAUGGGACAAUCAGAGACCUUGCUUUUAUGGAAGGCCCGGAAAGUGGUGGUGCUAUUUUAAUAAGUGCUGGAGCAGGGGACUGUAAUAUUUACACAACAGAUUGCCAGCGAGGACAGGGCCUGCAUGCUUUAAGUGGUCACACUGGUCAUAUUCUAGCACUUUAUACAUGGAGUGGCUGGAUGAUUGCAUCUGGAUCCCAAGACAAGACUGUCAGAUUCUGGGAUCUGAGAGUGCCAAGCUGCGUUCGUGUUGUGGGAACAACGUUUCAUGGAACAGGAAGUGCCGUAGCCUCUGUAGCUGUUGAUCCUAGUGGUCGUCUCCUGGCUACGGGACAAGAGGACUCCAGCUGUAUGCUAUACGAUAUUCGGGGAGGACGGAUGGUGCAGAGCUACCAUCCUCAUUCCAGCGAUGUCCGUUCUGUUCGCUUCUCUCCAGGGGCACACUACUUGCUCACAGGAUCGUAUGACAUGAAAAUAAAGGUGACAGACUUGCAAGGGGACCUCACGAAGCAGCUUCCUCUCAUGGUGGUAGGAGAGCACAAGGACAAAGUUAUUCAGUGUAGGUGGCACACACAAGAUCUUUCCUUCUUGUCCUCUUCUGCAGACAGAACUGUAACGCUUUGGACCUACAAUGGCUAGAGUGCAAACAAGGUGACCUAUGCAGCUAAAGCACAGAGACCUGAGGCUACAGAACUGUAAAAACAAAGUAAUAAUCAUUAGGCAUUGAGAGAGCAGCAGUUGAGCAGGAGAGUGUCGAAGAGGAGGGGCACUUGUCACAGAUUUUUGUGGUUUCUAGGAGGUCUUGGUGUUUUCAGUAUAUUCUUUUGCAGUGCUUUCAGUCUUCCAUGUGAACUCAUGCUGCUGUGACCUAUUGUAGUCUUGUUGCCAAAGUCUAUGAGGAGAACUCUUACGUUGUCGAUGUGCACUCAAAGUAACAUGAAUGACAUGUUUACAGUUUGGUAUUAAUUGCAUUCCUUGGUCUUUGCCUCAAUGAGAAUUUUAUAUAGAAACUUAAAUUGAACAACACUUUAAUUGAGCCUGUAUGUAACUAGUUAGACACACAUGAAAGGUAAAUUACUUCCACUGUUUUUCAGAUUUAUUAUAUUCAUCACUUCUCAGCAAGAGGUCAAACUUUAUAACAUCUCCACAAUUUCAACUUUUUUAGUAAUAAAUUCUAAACUUUAACGGUGACUAGGCAGUAACCACAUCUUGAUUAUGGUCCAUUAUAUAGUGUGGGUUGGUUUUUUUUUCUUUCUUUUCAUCUAAACUGGGGAAAAUGUUGCUGGUUUUACUAUGUGGCAUUGUUUUGAACAAGCUAACAUGUUGGAGGGGGGAAAAAAGUAAAAUAUUGAUUUUUUUUUUUUUUUUAAUUUUUUUAAUGUCCUGUAGAAACAUACAAUAUUUUACUUUUGAAUGCAACAGAAUACCUCUGUGUAUAAUGUACUGUAGAAAAGAGUGGAUUGGCAGCAGUUGUCACAGUGAGUUUAAUGGCUACCAGUUUUUCGGGUAAAAGGGAUACCAUUAAUGCUAUAAUAGAAACCAGCAUGGCUUAAAAUGCUAUGUCUGCAUGGUAAUUUAAGAGUUGUUUGAAUUCCCAGUUCAGAAGCUUAUCUGAAUUUUAUUUCUUGCACUGGUUAUGUAUGGGGAAAUUGCAGUUUUAUUUCUACAAAACUUUAGAUUCUAAUGUUUAUGUAUUGUUAUAUUUUCAUAUUGUACAGUUCCUUUUACUUUUUAAAAUAUAAACCUUAACUAUUAGGUUAUUUAUUUAUUUGAUCUGUGGUUAAGUUUUGGAUUCUCUUGGUUACUAAAUUAUAUGUGCACUGUAGCAAGCAUUUUUAACUAUCGUAUAAAAGUGGAAGGGUAACUAUAGAAGUGUUAUCUGUGCUAUAAUCUCAAUAAAGACCUCCAACACCUGCA